UCUUCUUCUAGUAUAAGAAAGAAAGAUAAACUGUGAAUUAGUAUAACCAGUUUAGCCAAAAAGAACUGACUAUGAAUACCGAUCUAUGAUUGGUCGAUUUCCUGUAAACAAAUUGACCAAUAUACUGUCAGCGGUAAAAAUCUAUGGUAUACGUGACAUGAAUUAUAGAUUUUCAGUGGCAAUGUUUAUCCGAAUGCUGUCUUUAUUUUAAGCGACUUGAACUUCAACGCGCAUGCCACAACGACAUCACAUUUCAUUUUGGCGCAAAAGAGCGUUCAAGUUUAAAGUUCUAACGUCAUUAACCUUAAGCGAAGUGUUUUUCGGCACGUCAUCGGUAUUUCUAAAAUGGAAGCGACCGCAUCGACUGUGAGUCUCAACGGCGAUGAAGAUUUGGACGAUUGUACUCCGGCAAAACUGAUCAAAGUAUUGGAGAAAAAUGGGAUCACGGCGGGGGAUAUCAAAAAACUGCAAGAAGCCGGUUAUUACACCGUCGAAGCAGUGGCUUAUGCAACCAAAAAAGACCUCGUAGCGAUUAAAGGUAUCAGCGAGGCUAAGGCGGAUAAGCUGCUGCAGGAGGCUUCCAGAAUGGUCAUGAUGGGUUUUAAAAGUGCCACAGAGAUACAUCAGACACGAGCGAACAUCGUCUACAUCUCUACCGGUUCUAAAGAACUGGACAGAUUGCUAGGCGGAGGAAUAGAAACUGGCUCUAUCACAGAAGUUUUUGGAGAAUUUAGAUCGGGAAAAUCUCAGCUUUGUCACACACUUGCCGUCAAUUGUCAAUUACCAAUUAGUAUGGGUGGCGCAGAGGGAAAAUGUCUUUACAUAGAUACAGAGAAUACCUUUAGACCGGAAAGAUUGAUAGCAGUGGCCGAGAGAUACAAGAUCAGUGGACAGUCCAUCCUCGACAAUGUUGCUUAUGCAAGAGCAUAUAACAGUGAUCACCAGACUCAGUUGCUAAUGCUAGCCAGUGCUAUGAUGACAGAGUCGAGAUAUGCCCUGCUGAUAGUUGAUAGCGCGACUGGUCUUUACAGAACUGAUUAUAGUGGUAGGGGUGAAUUAGGAGCCAGACAGAAUCAUCUAGGAAGAUUUCUCAGAAUAUUGUUACGACUAGCAGACGAACACGGAAUUGCCGUUGUUAUAACAAAUCAGGUGGUUGCACAAGUUGACGGUGCUGCCAGCAUGUUUGGUGGCGAUCAGAAGAAACCGAUUGGUGGUCACAUCUUAGCACAUGCAAGCACAACAAGAUUAUAUUUGCGUAAAGGUAGAGGAGAAACUAGGAUAUGUAAAAUAUAUGAUUCACCGUGUUUACCAGAAAGUGAAGCAACAUUUGCCAUAAAUCCAGACGGCAUAGGUGAUGCGAAAGAAUAAAUUUUUUAUAAUAGUUGAAUAGUCAGUACAGAAAAGAAUAUGAUGUAAAUUAUUAUUAUAAAACAUGAUUUUCUUUCUGUUUUUUCUUUUAAAUGUUACUGACAAAUAUGCCUUAUAUAUCAUAAAUACCAUUAGUCUAUAUAUUUGUUAAGAUAAAGAUAAUUAAGGAAACAAUAGUCUCAUGUUAGAAUAAUGUUAAUUUACAUACCAAUUAAAACAAAAAAGUAA